AUGAAUUCCAAUCAGAAACCCGAGAUGACAGAACAUCAAAAACAACAACUACAAUUUCAGCUAUUCCAGGAAUCGCUACCGAAAGUGAACGAAAUCGUCUAUCGGAUGCUACUAAAUGAGACCAUUCCAAUGGCAGUGAGCGUGCAAAACAGACUCAGCGACAACUCUGACACCCAAGGAACGCUCGGGCAGGAACUAGAAGAGAAAUUGGUUUUGGACCCUUUGAAAGGCCAUGUUCCCUCACAUAAACUUUUGCAGCAGUACUUGGCAUCUGAAUCAGAUCAGCAAGCAAAAAUCGACAACAGGCUUAAUCAAAUUGGCUUUUCACUGGGCCAAAAACUGUCACAACUGCUCAUUUUCAGUAACAAUCCCAGUCUGAGCUUCAGAGACAUGGAUCUGCUCGCAGUGAUGAAGUUUGUAUGUCGCGACGUUUGGAGACAGGUUUUCGGUAAGCAGAUCGACAAUCUUAAGACGAACCACCGCGGCACCUUCUAUCUGCUGGACAACAACUACAAGCCAGUUGAGUCUCUGGCUCUUGACGAUGACAAAUCUCUGGAAGAAAAGGCACUAAUAGACCCAUAUUUGCAAUUUCCGUGCGGCGUCAUCCGCGGGGUGCUGGAUUCGCUGGGGUUUAAGGAAGAGGGGGCUGUCAUUUGCACUGCUACUCUGGUUGACAAUGCCGAGUCUUCGAAAUCUAAAUCUCCAAUCAGUUCGCGAGCAGUCAUAUUCAAUGUUCAAGUCGCCGUUGAGAAUUAG